AUGAUGCAGCGAGGCCCAUUGCACCUGUGCCACCUUGUGCUGUGGCUGCUUUUUGCCCAAACCUCAGCGGAUUUGCCCAUGUGCAAAGAGGUGAGGAGAUACUCAUACCUGCUGAUAUCACAAUUAAUUAUUAAUGCCAUCAGCUGAGCUCGAGGUGUUAGUCAAAAUUUAAUGCAGUACAAGAUCUGUGUUGCUCUUUAAUGCAAAAUUACUUUGUACAUUGAAAGAUUGCUCACUUGAAGCCCCUUGAACAGCCAUACAGAUUUCUGGAUAUGCAAAGAAACAUUCAGCUUUGUUUCUAUUUAUGUCAAUUGAGAAUUUUUGUCAUUCUUGAUGAAAUUAAAGCAAAGAGAGAUGGUGUUUUCGUCAUCAGACAAUAUCUGAUGGCGAUAGUUUCAUUUCUCCCUCACACAUUGUAUGUGAGACAGCAGCAUAUGUUUCACUAGCAUGUUUAGUUGACAUGACUUUGGACUCUUCACAUCUGCUUACUUUAGUGUUUGUACUAUAAGAUUUAUUUCACUAUAACUUCCAUAUGUUCUGCUGAGUGUCAGCUUCAGUAUCUCUUUUAAUUUGGUUACAGCUGCAGCCCUGCUUGAUAGUACUCAAGCAUUUGUAUUUCAUCAGCAUAUUAUCUCAGAGUAUUUGGAGGUUAGAUACCCUGAAAGAGAAAAAGGUUGCCCAAGAGACCGGUAGUUUUUUGAGUUGUUGAGUGCUUUUACUGUGUUAUGAUGUUGAUUCAAGGGCUCAUUUGGUAGCAGCUACUUUCAUCAGCUGAUUUCGUUACCAUGCCUGUCUACUGACCAUGUGGCACAGAGGCCAUUAUGUCCCGUUACCUUGGUUUCGUCAUGUUUGUGUAAAAGAGGUGACUAUGCUGUGCACCUUUCCAAUGUGUUGCAUUAUUACAUGUGAUCCCCCCCAGCUGGACCCAUGUUCACCUGACACCCCAAACACAGCUAAUGUAGCAGAUCUAAUCAAAAACACAGACCUCAAGGAGUGCUGCGGCUGCUGUGUUUCUGUUAACUAUUAAUCCCACAAGGUUGUGUGUGGGCUUGGAUUAGUAUCCUGAGUGACUUUCCACCUUAAUUCACAGGGUGUCAGACGAGAUAACCUUUCCCAUUAAAUCUCAUAUCUUCAUGGGUGGUGUUUUUAAGUGUCCCCAAAAGGUGUCACAGCAGGGACAAGUAAAUACUUUAGCUUUGCACCUGAGCUCAGUUGUCUUCCAAGUCCUGAGACAACACUAAAAUUAAAUGUUGACAAAAGGAUUGGCGAAUCAGCAUCUCUCCCCCUUGGCUGAGUAAAUAGACCCUGAAGGGAGUCGGCAACACAUCCUUGAUGAGGGAGAUUGAAACAACAGCCGAGACGGCCUUCUGGGCAAAUAUUAGCUACGACUUGUUUGGAAAAGAGGCUUGUCUGGUUUUGGAAUAAAAUUCCUCAGGUAUAUAACAGCCGUCUUUAGGUGACAGCUCUAUCUACCUUACAAAAUACAUGCUGACUUAUAUACCUAAAGCUAAACUUUAUCAGGUGUAGUUCUAUUUUGUGUUUUUGAUGCAUGUGUUCAUCUAUGUGUUUGUGUGCGUGUGAAACUCACACCUGUGUUUUCCCUCCGCAGUCAGACUAUCACUUUGAGUACACAGAGUGUGACGUACUUGGGUCAAGAUGGAGAGUGGCUGUUCCCAACAAAGCCGACACAUGCACAGGCCUCCCAGAUCCAGUCAAAGGCACCCAGUGCAGUGAGUGCCAUCUCAUUCAAUACGUGCCAUUUGUGACAGAGCUUAUCUGCUUUAUGAACCUUGCCAUGCCGUCCAUAGUUUUCCUGGUUUACCAUUCAAAUGAGGCACCUAUUUCCCUCUUACAGACUUCUCCUGUAAAGAAGGAGAGUAUCUGGACAUGCAGUCACAGUUGUGCAAGAAGUGUGCAGCAGGUACCUACUCUCUUGGCACCAGUGUGGCUUUUGAUGAGUGGGACAGCCUGCCGCCUGGUUUUGUCACUCAUGGGAUGAACACAAAUGGCGGGGACAGCCACACUAACUGCUCUAAGUAUGCAUUUAUUUAUCCUAAGAAAUCUUAUCUUAUUCUUCAUAAAGCAUUUUGUACUCUUCUUGGUUGCCAGUCUUGUAAGCCCUGUUUGUUUGUAUAGUAUGUCUAAUCGCACAUAUUUCUUCAGCGUAGUUCAUAGCAAAUUAUCUUUUGGGACAAUAAAGUACAUCUAAUCUAAACUUUAUUGACUCAAGGCUCAUCUGUUUCUUGUUUCUGUUGCAUUGACUCAGCUCAACUUGGACACCAAAGGAAGAUUACAUUGCCUCAAACACAGAUGAAUGCAGUGCAACCCUGUCCUAUGCUGUGAACCUGAAGAAACCAGGAACUGUGUCUUUCAAAUAUUUCUAUCCUGAUAACAGCAUUUACUUUGAGUUCUACGUAAGUGUUUCAAAGUGAGUGUUAAUGUCACAUUGACUGUGAUUUUGGGGAAAUAUUUGAUCAUUUCUUGCUUGAUUCUUCCCCUCCUAUAGAUCCAGAAUGACCAGUGUCAGUCUACAGACUCUGAGAGCAGGUGGAUGAGCAUUUCUGAGCAUGACUGGAACAGCUACAGGGUGAGUCUGACAUAUAUUUAAACAGCCUAUUAAAAAUGCCGACAUUUGACUGAAAAUUGCUUGAGAAUCAAUAUAUUAAGAGCUCUGAUUUUUUAAAAUUUUUUAGUCUUCACCUCACCUUAUAUGUCUUGAUUCUCCCUUGUGUUCACAUUACCUCUGUGUAGGCUAAUCUGAAUACUGGCAACAAUGUUCUGUAUUGGCGAACCACCACGUAUACCUUGCAGGACAGUGCUGUCAAACCUGUUCUGUUAAAAAAUAUUUCCAUCUCAGGUAAAUAAUUGGCUUUAGAUUUUAGUUUUUCACAAUUCAAUUAACUCUUUUCCUCUAGUAAUAAUUCCAGGUUGCUUGAUGGUUUUCUUUCAGGAGUGGCCUACACAUCAGAGUGUUUCCACUGUAAACCUGGCACUCAUAAUGCAAAGGAAGGAUCUGCUAGAUGUGCCCCAUGCCCUACUAACACAUACUCCCAAAGGGGGGCCACCGUUUGCUACCAGUGUACAAAUGAUACAUAUUCAGGUAUGCAUAUUGGCAUGACUAAUCUUCCACAAUGUACUUAAAUCAACAUUUUAAUUCUUAUCUAAACUUACAACCUUUCCAUAUUUGCAUGUUUUCACAAACGCACACGUCUGCAUGCAAAUACUGCUUUUUCUGCUUAAGUGCUCAUGGGGUGUGUAUAAUUUAUCUUAUCGCUGUAUCUUAACCUGGUAUGUAUGUUGUGUAUGUCUGGGUGUCUGUUUUUUUAGAGGCUGGUUCUGGAAGCUGCAAACCAAGACCUGCAUGUAAAAACAGCGACUUUUUCUACACCCACACUCCCUGUGACUCAGAGGGGAAGGUAAAGUAGAAACUGACCUAUGAAGGACCACCUUUGAUGUAGGGUCAUUACAGGUGAACACAUGUAGAGAUAUCACGUGGAACACUGUGCUGGCAACAACCUGUUGUAACUAUCAGGUUUCUUUGAAUAUAAAUACAUGGACUGUUUAGAGCGACGCUGAGUAGCUGGGUGUUUUCACUAAUGUAAUCAUGACUCUUUUUUUGUCUCAGACUCAGCUCAUGUUCAAGUGGAUUGAGCCUAAGAUCUGCAGUGAGACUGUUAAAGGAGCUGUGGAUUUGCCAGCAUCGGGGGAGAAGCAAACAUGUCCUCCAUGUAACCCAGGUUUCUUUGUCUCCAACUCUUCCACAUGUGAACCCUGCCCAGAUGGUUUCAGCUCUAACGGAACAGGUGCAGCAUUUUUCCUGACUUAUCAUGCCUGCAUAUCAGACUGAGGCACCAUUUAUGUACUGAAUCUCCAAAGAUGACACAAUAAACCUCAAUUUAUUAGAUAUAAAUGAAAGGUAGUUUACAGGCUUGAUACUAAAAUGAGUUCCUUCUGUAGGAGUCUCCACUACUCAUUUUAUUGAUAUUUAUUUGCAUAUUUAUUUCCACCAAAAAAAGAGAAGCGUUUAGCAAAUUCAAACACUUGAAACAUACAGUAUAAAACGAGUAUUAAAAUUGCUUUUAACUCAUUUUAAUUGGUCAGUUAAGUAAUACUCUGCUAAAAGCUGUAUAAUAACUUUUUUUCUGUGCUGGUCCUUUUUAAUAGUUACAGUACAUUUAAACUUCAUAAAGAUAAUCGACCUCAAAAGUUGAAAAAGAUGAAAGCACAGUAAUUGAUUUGCAGCCUUUUAUACAUGCAGUAACCCUCUUACUGUUCAACAACUAACACAGUUUUCAGUGUAAAGACAAUGACAUGCUUAAAGAUAAUUGGUUGCACAGCUGUUUGCUGGUAGUUUUUCAAUUCCUCUUUUGCGUCAUUGUGAAACUACAGCAGAAUACUCAAUGGAGAUAGAAACCAAUAGCUGGACUUUUGAGUGGAAGGCUGAGAUUUUGUUUGUCUCAGAUUUGUUUGAUAGUCCAUCUACUGUAAACAAUGACUUAGUUUUAGUUAAAAUUGUGAACAUGUAUCAGUAUUAUGCUGGAGACACAGGGUAAUACAAGGCAAAAUAGUUGUAAAUCCUUUUCAUCUUACCCCUGGUAGCUAAAUUUAAGAGCUACUUACUGUAUUUCUUAUCAUUUAAGACAUUGUUUUUAGAUUAAUCAUUUUCAACAGAAACAAUUGUGCAAUCCUUUGAUCACAGUUGAAAACGGCGUAUUUUCUUGAAUAAUCAAUAAAUAUUGUUGUAUACAUAUAUAUAUAUAUAUAUAUAUAUAUAUAUAUAUAUAUAUAUAUAUAUAUAUAUAUAUAUAUAUAUAUAUAUAUAUAUAUAUAUAUAUAAAGUAAUCAGUCUGAUAACACUAUCAAAGGCUGCAAAUCAAUCAGGGUGCUUUCGUAACCUUUACUUGUCAUAUGACUGCCAUGCCUGUAUUUUUGGCUCCAUUUAAAAUAAAUAAUUGCUUACACUAACAUAAAUCUGAUUAUUCACAGUGUGUGUCAAGUGUCUUGUCGGCACAGAGCCAGUGAUGGGUUUCGAGUAUAAAUGGUGGAACACCAUGCCAAAUAACAUGAGGAGCUCCAUCUCCCGCCAAGGGUUCAGUGACAUGGAUUAUAACAAUGGUGAGACUCAGGAUGGGGAGGGAGAUGCUAAGAUAUCCAUAUGUUGAACUGGAGUGUGUGAAGUACAGCCAAAUACUUAUAAAGUAAGAAACGGGGGGACAAAGGUAAUGACAAAGACAUCAUGCAUCUCUCAUAAACAACUACACCGCUGUUCAAAACCUCCAGAGCAUUUGCAAAAUAGCCACCAGAAAGGUUGAUAAGCUAGUAAGGUGCACAUUGAGGUAAAAUUAAAUACUUUUUAAAAAUACAAACUACUGCUUUGAUUUAUGUUUAUACACUCACAGAAUCAUUGUUGCUAAAAGAACAGCAAAUGCGUGUUUCUGUUUUUUAUAAUACAGCCUGGGAAGUGGCUGGAGAAUAUAUCUACACUACCCCUGGGGACGAGGACAGAGACCACAUGACUCUCAUACUCAAUGUUCCUGGAUACAGGUGAUGUAAAAAAUGUCUCCUGUAUAAAAUAUUGUCAAACACAGUUUUCCAGCUGGACAAGGUAAAUUAAACCCCACUUGUUUCCACAGGUUACCUCAGUCUGCAGUCCACAACAGUGAAACAAAUGAACUGUCUCGCAUAACCUUUGUUUUUGAGACCAUAUGCACAGUCGACUGCAAAUUUUUGUUCAUGGUGGUGAGUCACAUACUUGCAAAGUAAAGGCUUCAGGAUAUGUGCAUACAGAAAAUGAAACUCAAUAUUAUUACAAAUAACUGGCAAUAUAUUUGAAGUGAGUGUGUUUCUUUACAGGGUUAUAAUGAGUGGAGAAAUGAUCUGGUGGAGGAGUGGGGAGGCAGCAAAGAGAAACAGUCAUACUCCUAUCUGAUCCACAGUAACAGCACCAACAGCUUCAUCUGGACUUUUCAAAGGACAAGGCUUUAUAACACGGUGAGACACAGUUACACCUAAAAGUUAAGCCUUAAUCUAUGACCAACUCAACCAAUGGAAACAGAGUGGUGGACCUAAAAAGGCAGAGUACAAUGUCCAGUACUAAAUAAUUAUGAGAAUAAUGAUAAUAAAAAAAAUGAGUUGUUGUAGAGUUCAGUAAUGCAGGGCCUCUUUGUUGUUAGAAAAUACAACUUCAGUGAGAAAUGGGCAAAAUUAUUAAAGAGAUGAGCCAGGGCUUUUGUUUACAGAGGGUGCAGAAAUCAAAAACAGCCAAAAGUUCCUUACAGAAGCUUUUUUUUUUGUUAUAAUGCAGGGAGAUUUUAUAACAUGCAAAAUUGAUCCUUGAAUACUUUCCUUAGAAAAUUAUCAUUAUAACAUUAUUAUAUAUAACAUUAUUAUAAACUGCAGUUGAAUCAUACAUGCUUUUCCUAAUGUGAGGUAUGUUGUAACUCUGAACUGUAGAGGGCAGCAUAGAUCAGCAUGCCCAUUCAAACAUCAUGACUUCUGCAAACAAGUUAUAUAUAUGUAGAAAAACUUUUUUUUACUUUAAGCAAAACAAUCUACAAUGUUGUCUAUGUUCCUCUUCACUCAGGAGCGGAAAUACAGCGCAGAUGUAGCAAAGAUCUACCUCAUUCACAUCACCAAUGUGAUCGGAGGUGUGGCCUCUACGUGUCGCCUCUGUGCCCUGGGGUCUGCUAUGACUGGCUCCGCCUGUGUCCCCUGCCCAUUGGGACAGUAUAUGGAUAACGAGAUGGGGAGGUGUUUGAGAUGCCCACCAAACACCAUCAUCAAAGCCAGUCAGGCUGUGGGAGAGGCUUCUUGUGUUCAGUGUGGACCAAACACAGAGAGAAACCAGGUAAUGGAAACUAGUAACUGAUCAGCUCUGUUUAAAAUCUCUGGCUAAAUCUAGACAUGCUUUUCUCAUUUUAAACCUUAACAAUCUGACUGACUUUAUGGCAUAGUUAAUGAUAAAAUUAAUGUGGAGAAUCCUUAGAACUGAGAUUUUAUUCAGACAUCGUCAUAAGCUAUUGAAAUAAAUAUCACAAUAAUUUACAGACAUGGAUAGUUAGUUUAAAACUGGUACAACAAACCUAUUCAAAACCCUUUUUCCCCAAUUCAGUGCAAAUAGGAUCUGAAAAUCUGUUCCUUUAGUCUGUCUUUCAUUAUCUUUCAGCCAUUUAUAAAAACUAAAAAAAAAAACUUCUUUUAUUCAAUUUUAUUUUUGCUUUUCCUUCACUCAAAUGUCACUGUGAUGCAAUCUCUCUGUCAUGUUUAAUUUUCUAAAGGUUUUGUGGGUUUCCUAUAGCGGUACAGAGGAUUAUUCCACCCUCUAUGAACAGAAUGUGAUGUGUGUUUAUUCACAUUUCCCUCCAGGCCUACACAGCUUGUCUCAGUGACUGUACGUUUGAUGUGCAGACGAAAGCAGGGACACUUCAGCACUAUGACUUCUCUCCUCUAGCAAACGUCACAGGCUUCCACAGCAGCCCCCGCUUCACCAACAGAGGACUCAGAUAUUUCCACCGCUUUAAUCUGGGACUGUGUGGGAAUGAGGUGAGAGGCUGUGAUCCUGUCAUCUUUGUUUUUAUGAAUUAAAUAUUAGUCUAACAGAGAUUUUACCUUCCUGUGUUUCCCUCACAGGGUAGAGUACCAGCUACGUGUGUGGAUAAUGUCACAGCAAGCGGCAAAGUGGUGAAAGGUUAUGUCUGUCAGUCCACGGUUUUUCCCUCUGAUAUAAGGAGUCAGAGUGUGGUGUCCUCACAACCUUUCCUCAUCGCCGAUACGCUCAUUGGUAUGAACUGAUUUUAAAUGAAUCCAUAUUAGACCAAGGGCUUGCCAGCGUCUGUCAGCAUCCUCUUUAGCUGUCUGUAGGAGGUUUGACAGCCUGCUCUAAUAGUUAAUUACAUUACUGCAGUCAUCUGAAGGCAGCAGAAGCCAUAUGCUGUUCAGUAUCAUUUUAGGUAGCAAUGCACAUUUUCAAGGAAAUUAAGCACACCAGACUCAAGCUCCCUUUGCUUAUGACCACAUAAAACCCCCAUCCUAAGUCAUUCCCAUCAGCCCUGUGAUACUUUUUACUUUUGAAUGAUAAGAAAACAGUUGUGUGCCAAUGCACUGGGCUUAGAUAAUGUACAAAAGUAUAAAGGAAAAUUCUGCCUUGUUGAAUAUUAGUGCUGACAUUCUCACUUCAAGGUUUUUGCAAUUGAUGGUAACAUUGAGAUUAAGGCAUAUCUAUUCUUUCAUCGAGUAUACAUUAUGUAGAUGCCAUAAAUUACACAGUUUGCUGUAUGUCUUCUCAUUCUGAAGGUGUGACAACUGAUACAUUCCUGAGUGGCAUCUCCUCCCCAAAGUGGCUAUUUCCCUCAUCGUCUGCCCAGCCAGAUGUCAUCUUCUAUUACAAGUAAACAGGAUUAGAAGUUUUUAAUAAUCUUGUAUCACUCACACAGUGUGGUGCUACAUUUCAUGAUUUUAUAUUCAGAUUUAUUUGACAUAUUUGAGCGGAGAGCUGGAUCACUUGUUCAGUAGUGAAAUAUGAAAUCAAUCAUACCCUGGAGGUCAAGACCUUCAUGUUUGUCAUGUUAUCAUGUUUCCAGGUCCAGUGAGACGACUCAGGGUUGUAAACAGGGCAGGACAGCCACCGUUAGACUUAGAUGCAAUCCUUCAGUAGCUGCUAAAGACCUCAUCACUCUGCCAAGGUAACUUUUUCCUGAGUGCAUCUUUUGACUUCACAAGAGUUGUACCCGAUAGCAUGAUUUGACACAGAAACUUUAACAACAGUGCAAAUUUAUCAACUUCUGCAUUGCAGCCAAAGAGGUUCUUCAGCGAUCGUACUUAUCCCUUAAGGCUUGUAUAAAAAAAUCUCCCACUUUGUUUUGAUUCACAGUAACUGUUCAGAGGGAACAUGUGAUGGUUGUACUUUCCACUUUUUGUGGGAGAGCCAGCAUGCAUGUCCACUGUGCACCAAAGAACACUACAGAGAGAUUGUCAGUGCCUGCAUCCAGGGAAUACAGGUACUGCUGCACAGGACUACAUUUACUCAGAUAACCACAAAUCGAUCACAGGUUCACAACAAAGGGUUUUCCGUUUCUAACUUUUAUUUGCACAGUUAAAUAAGGUGAUUGAUUCAUUUGAUUGAUUAUGCCAAACAUGAGCCAAAUAUAUGUGAAAACUUUCAGCUUUUACCUAUUAGCUCAACAAGGAAAAAACAGCAAGCAUUUCUUGCUCAAUAGGUCACAAAGUCAGUCUAACAACAGCUUUAAAGCACAUUAACAAAGAAGCUGUAAUUAAUUUGAUUUGUUUGUAUAAAAAGUUAGAAGUCUAAAUACUCUUUGACUGUGAUUCCUUUGCCAAACCAAGGCUAGCUGUCUCUAUUUGUUUCCCCCUGGGUAUUAAACCAAGCUAACAGGCUGAUGAUUGUAGCUUUAUUUUUAAUGGGUGGAUACAAAAGUCAUUUUUCUUAUCUAAGUCUCUGCUAGAAAGCAUUGUAAUGGAAAUCCUAAAGUAUCACAUCACUCUUUUUUCAAAAGAAAUACCAAAAACUUUUGUGUUAAAGGUGUAAGUUGAAUUCUGUUUGGAGGAUAUUGAACUCUGCGUUUGUAUAUUUCAGAAAACCACCUAUGUAUGGCAGCAGCCAUUACAGUGUUAUGGAGGAGAAUCACUACCUGCACAAAAAGUCAGUGCCUGUGUGACUCUGGACUUCUGGCUCAAGUUUGGUGUUUCCACUGGAACCAUUGCCGCAGUGCUUCUCAUCAGCAUUAGCUGCUAUUUCUGGAAAAAGACACGGAAGUAUGCCAAUAAACUUCACAUUUAUUUGUCUUUGUCAAAGCCUUGAUAAACCUCUGUCAUUUAGAAGAUGAAACCUAAACUUUUAGAAUGAAAACCCCUAGAUGAAGUUAAACUAACAAGAUGUUAUAUAUAUAAUUGUCUGUCUGCAGGUUGCAGUAUAAGUACUCCAAGCUGAUGAUGACUUCUGGGGGUAAAGAGUGUGAGCUGCCCACUGCAGACAGCUGUGCCAUAAUGGAGGGCGAGGACGCAGAAGAUGAUAUUAUGUACCUUAACAAGAAAUCCUUCUUUAACAGAAUUAAGUCUUUCUCACGAGAGGUCAGUAGAUCCCUCCUUUCAUGCAUACAUUGAGGUACAUAUGAAGUAUCUUUAUUAUAAUGUUAUUGUUUACCAUGUGUCAUUAUUAUUUACUUUCAGAGGACAUCAGAUGGGUUUGACUCAGUUCCACUUAAGUCAUCUUCACUCCGGCAGAGAGAGGAGGAAGACUCUGAUGAUGACUGA